AGGUGAUCAAUCUACAUCGGCCUCCAUUAGCUGACGAUCACUUUGAUUUGUUUGGCCGCCGGAGGACGAGGGUACGCCGGGGAGCUUGGAGAGCUUUGAAGGCCGACAUGUGGACAACUUUGCAGGCCGAACCACGCUGACUUCAGGCGGACUUGUUGUUCCUGCUGCUGCUGCUGCUGGAUAAUUGUUGGCUUUAUUUCUUUUUCCUGUAGCCUCCUGGACAAAGACAGGACACAAACAAACAAGUCAGCCGGUCGGUCCCGCCUGUCCCGCCAAGCUGCAGCAUCGGGGGAGAGCGAGCCACUGGCCUGAGCUGGGCGGCGCAGUGAGCGCCUGUAGCAUGAUGUCCUACCUCAAGCAGCCCCCCUACGGCGUCAACGGCCUGGGGCUCAGCGGCGCCGCCAUGGACCUGCUGCAUCCCUCUGUGGGAUACCCAGCGACGCCCAGAAAGCAGCGGCGAGAGAGGACCACCUUCACCCGCUCUCAGCUCGACGUCCUAGAGGCCCUGUUCGCAAAGACCCGGUACCCAGACAUCUUCAUGCGCGAGGAGGUGGCGCUCAAAAUCAACCUGCCGGAGUCUCGAGUUCAGGUGUGGUUCAAGAAUCGUAGGGCCAAGUGCCGUCAGCAGCAACAGAGCGGCAGCAGUGCCAAAGCCAGGCCCCCCAAGAAGAAGUCAUCUCCGGCCCGUGAGAGCACCGGGUCCGAGAGCAGUGGCCAGUUCACACCACCCGCCGUUUCCAGCACGGGUUCGUCGUCGUCUUCGUCCUCAUCGGCCAACCACACAGGCCCGGCGGCACUCAGCAGCACGUCCACGUCCAUCAGCACUGUGUCAUCUAUCUGGAGCCCCGCCAUCUCCCCCGGAAAUGCUCCCGCUCCUGCCGUAGCUCCGCUACCUGAGCCUGGACCGCCCUCAAAUGCUUCUUGCAUGCAGCGCUCUAUGUCGGGUUCAGCCGCCGCCGCCACCUCUUACCCCAUGUCGUACAACCAGACACCGGGCUACGGACAAGGCUACCCUGCCCCCUCUAGCUCCUACUUCGGCGGCGUGGACUGCGGCUCCUACCUGGCGCCCAUGCACUCCCACCACCACCCCCACCAGCUCAGCCCCAUGACAGCAUCGUCCAUGUCAGGCCACCCACACCACCACAUCAGCCAGUCUUCAGGCCACCACCACCAUCACCACCAUCAGGCGUACGGUGGAUCCGGCCUGGCUUUCAACUCCUCCGACUGCCUGGAUUACAAAGAGCAGACGGCCGCCUCGUCAUGGAAGCUCAACUUUAACGCCACAGACUGCUUGGACUACAAAGACCAGACCUCCUGGAGGUUCCAAGUCUUGUGAUCGGCCUUUUUUUUUUUUUUUUGCCCUCCCUGCUGGCGUUCUCACAUUAGCUCCUGUUCCUUUUAAAGAUUAGACAUAAGACCACAAGAUGGGAAUGCUGUGACUUCUUCUCUGAAAAAAAAAGAAAUGAAAUGAACAGUCAUGAGUUUAUUGGAGAUUAUUGCUGUGGAUGACAAACAUUGUUUCAAGAACCCCCCCUGCCCGCCCCCUCCUCUCUGUGACCACCAGCUCUCUGGACAGGAGGACUAUUUCACCUCCAAUCAAACCCCUUGUACAGUUUUUAUUUGAAAAAUUUGUUAUUUUAGAUGGAAGAAGAAGAUUUUUAGUCAGCACCUGCGAGGAGCUGAAAUGUGUAAAUAUGUAUUUGGGUCAGUUCCAGUGACCGCCUUUAGUUGGUGUUUUUGCAGCUGUUUAUUACCACUUUGCGAGGGAAUAAGGACAAAAAAAAUGUAUGUAAAUCUUUCCAAAGAGAUCAAAUUGGCCAACUUUUUAUAUAUAAUGUUUGUUUGACUCUGAGCGGUGGAAAAAAAUGUUUGAGAAAAUUUGUCUUGGAAAAACCCCAAAACUCUAGAUGCAGGGAUUAAUCUGGGUGCUUUUGUUUCCCCCGGAUGAUCUAAAAAUGGUUUCAGAUGGAAUUGUUCUGCUAGCUUCUCGUGAUGUUUGAACACAGCACUUGACUUCACGCUGGAGUCAACACAUUUUUAAAAAUUUUUAUUCUUUUGAAGAGGAAAUGUCCCAAAUGCCAGUGAGAUGUUGAAUGUAUCCUAAAGGCGACCAUGACCCUCACUUCCAUGUUCAUCCAAUAAAGAUCCCUUCAGUCAUA